GGCGUGGCGGACAUGCUGCAGCUGCACUAACCGGGCCCGCCAUUACCCGCCGCAAUGCCGGCCUACUUCCAGCGCCCAGAGAACGCCCUCAAGCGGGCUAACGAGUUCCUUGAGGUUGGUAAGAAGCAACCAGCCCUUGACGUUUUAUACGACGUGAUAAAGAGCAAAAAGCACCGAACAUGGCAGAAAAUUCACGAGCCGAUUAUGCUCAAGUACCUGGAGCUCUGCGUGGAUCUGCGCAAGAGUCACCUGGCCAAGGAGGGCCUGUACCAGUACAAGAACAUCUGCCAGCAGGUUAACAUCAAGUCAUUAGAAGAUGUCGUUCGCGCUUACCUUAAGCUGGCCGAGGAGAGGACGGAAGCGGCGAAAGAGUCUUCUCAGCAGAUGGUGUUGGACAUUGAAGAUCUUGAUAAUAUUCAGACUCCUGAAAGUGUUCUGCUGAGCGCUGUUAGCGGUGAGGACACUCAGGACCGUACGGAUCGGCUGCUUCUGACUCCUUGGGUGAAGUUCCUUUGGGAGUCAUACAGACAGUGCUUGGACCUGCUCAGGAACAACUCCAAAGUAGAGCGUCUUUACCAUGACAUUGCUCAGCAAGCCUUCAAGUUCUGUCUGCUCUACACCCGAAAAGCCGAGUUCCGCAAGCUGUGCGACAAUCUCCGGAUGCAUCUGAGCCAGAUCCAGCGCCACCAUAACCAGAGCACUGCCAUUAACCUGAACAACCCCGAGAGCCAGUCCAUGCACUUGGAAACCAGGCUGGUUCAGCUGGACAGUGCCAUCAGUAUGGAGCUCUGGCAGGAAGCCUUCAAAGCUGUUGAGGAUAUACACGGGCUUUUCGCCUUAUCUAAGAAGCCUCCAAAACCCCAGCUGAUGGCAAAUUAUUACAAUAAAGUCUCCACGGUGUUCUGGAAGUCCGGAAACACACUGUUCCACGCCUCCACCCUGCACCGACUGUAUCACCUCUCCCGGGAAAUGAGAAAGAAUCUGACCCAAGAGGAAAUGCAGAGGAUGUCUACGAGGGUCCUGCUGGCUACUCUUUCCAUCCCCAUAACCCCCGAGCGCACCGAUAUCGCUCGUCUCCUGGAUAUGGACGGUAUCAUUCUAGAGAAACAGCGGCGCUUGGCUACUUUGCUAGGACUGCAAGCUCCUCCCACUCGCGUCGGACUGAUUAACGAUAUGGUGCGGUUUAAUAUGCUGCAGUACGUGGUUCCCGAGGUGAAGGAGUUGUACAACUGGUUGGAAAUGGAUUUCCACCCACUCAAACUCUGCACCCGCGUCACCAAGGUGUUGGACUGGGUAAAAGAACAAGCCGAGAAAGAGCCUGAGCUGCAGCAGUAUGUCCCUCAGCUACAGAGCAACACCAUUCUGCGCCUUCUGCAGCAGGUGGCACAGCUCUAUCAGACCAUCGAGUUCUCCCGGCUCGCCUCCCUCGUGCCCUUUGUGGAUGCCUUUUUGCUGGAGCGUGCCAUUGUGGAUGCUGCAAGGCACUGCGAUUUGCAAGUGCGUAUAGAUCACUCUUCUCGUACGCUAAGCUUCGGGUCGGAUUUGAAUUAUUCCACGCGGGAGGAUGCACCCUUCGGGCCGUUCCUGCAGAACAUGCCUUCCGAGCAAAUCCGGAACCAGCUGACUGCAAUGUCUUGCGUCCUUUCCAAGGCUGUAGGCGCCAUUAAACCUGCUCACGUGCUGCAAGAGAAGGAGGAACAGCACCAGAUCGCUAUCACGGCCUACCAGAAGAACUCCCGGAAGGAACACCAGCGCAUCCUCGCCCGUCGCCAGACUAUAGAAGAGCGUAAGGAACGCCUGGAGAACCUGAACAUCCAGCGAGAGAAAGAAGAGAUGGAGCAGAAGGAAGCAGAGCUCCAGAAAGUGCGCAAAGCAGAGGAGGAGAGGCUGCGCCAGGAGGCCAAAGAGAGAGAGAAGGAGCGCAUUUUGCAGGAGCAUGAGCAAAUCAAAAAGAAAACCGUGCGAGAGCGGCUGGAGCAGAUCAAAAAGACUGAGCUUGGUGCUAAAGCUUUUAAGGACAUUGAUAUAGAAAAUCUUGAAGAACUGGAUCCAGACUUCAUUAUGGCUAAACAGGUGGAGCAGUUGGAGAAGGAAAAGAAAGAGUUACAAGAACGUCUGAAGAAUCAGGAAAAGAAGAUUGACUACUUCGAAAGAGCAAAACGCUUGGAAGAGAUUCCCCUGCUGAAGAAAGCUUAUGAGGAGCAGAGAAUCAAUGACAUGGAGCUGUGGGAACUGCAGGAGGAGGAAAGGAUCAGCACCUUACUGUUGGAGCGAGAGAAGGCCGUAGAACACAAGAACAGGAUGUCGAGGAUGGUGGAGGACAAAGACUCAUUCGUUUCUAAGCUCAAAGCCUCCCGUCAGUCUUUGUAUGAGGCGAAACUAAAACAGUUUCAGGAGAGGCUAGCAGAGGAAAAGGCAGCGCGUCUCGAGGAGAGAAAGAGAGAGCGCAAAGAAGAAAGGAGAGUUAAUUAUUACAGAGACAAGGAAGAGGAGGAAGAGAGACUGAGAGAGGAGCAACUUAAACAGGAGCGUGAAGAGCAAGAGAAAGUCGAGAACGAGAAGAGAGAAGCAGAACAGCGCGACUAUCAAGAGCGACUGAAGAAACUGGAAGAGCAAGAACGCAAGAAGCGCCAGCGAGAGCUCGAAAUUGAAGAGCGGGAAAGGAAGCGCGAGGAGGAAAGGCGGGGCGGGGAUGAUACCUUCAGGAAGGAUUCUUCUCGCUGGGGAGAACGAGAGGAAAGUGGAUGGAGAAGAGGUGCAGACCCAGAUGAACGCAAGCAGGUUCCUCCAGAAAGGGACUGGCGUAGGGGUGGGCCUGAUUCGAAGCCGGUAAUAAAUGAAGAUGCCUCAAACAGAGAGGAAGAUGAGAAUGCCGCUUUGAGGAAGGAUGAAGAACAGGUGUCUAGUCGUGCCUUUGAAGAAAAGGUUUCACUGCCCGAUGCUGAUGAAGAAAAAGGAGGUUCUUGGCGAGAUGAAGAUCGUGGUCCAAAACGGGGUCUUGAAGAAGAUCGAGGACCCAGACGUGGUAUUGAUGAUGCAGGCCCUAGGAGAGGAUUUGAGGAGGACAGAGGGCCACGCCGUGGAAUAGAAGAUGACAGAGCUCCAAGGAGAGGCUUUGAUGAUGACAGAGGCCCUAGGAGAGGCUUUGAUGAUGAUAGAGGUCCUAGACGCGGCUUUGAUGAAGACCGAGGCCCAAGGCGUGGCAUCGAUGACGAUCGUGGUCCUAGACGAGGCUUUGAUGAAGAUAGAACACCACGCCGUGGCUUUGAUGAUGACCGUGGGCCAAGGAGAGGAUUUGAUGAUGACAGAGGCCCUAGGCGUGGCUUUGAUGAAGAUCGUGGUCCAAGGAGGGGCUUUGAGGAUGAUCGUGGUCCAAGGAGAGGCUUUGAGGAUGACCGCGGUCCAAGGCGGGGCUUUGAGGAUGACCGCGGUCCAAGGCGGGGCUUUGAGGAUGACCGCGGUCCAAGGCGGGGCUUUGAAGAUGACCGCGGUCCUCGACGUGGUUUUGAUGAGGAUCGUGGUCCUCGUCGGGGCUUUGAAGAUGAUCGAGGUCCCCGCCGUGGCUUUGAUGAGGACCGGACUCCUCGCCGUGGUUUUGAUGAUGAUCGCGGUCCAAGACGUGGCUUGGAUGAAGACCGCGGAUCCUGGCGGGGUGGGGACGAUGUCCCCAGGCGUGGAGCUGAUGAUGACAGAGGCCCUAGACGUGGAGCUGAUGAUGACAGAGGCCCCAGGCGCGGAGAGGACAGAGACCAGACACCCUGGAAACCUAUGGCAGCAAGCCGCCCAGGGGGCUGGCGAGAGCGAGAGAAAGCCCGGGAAGACAGCUGGGGUCCUCCCCGUGAUUCUCAGGCGCCUGAAGAGCGUGAAUGGAGUCGGCAAGGAGAAGACAGCGAAAAGGACUCUGAGCGAGACAGGCGCCCAGUCAGGGAGGAGUCUGCGUGGCGGCGGGGAGGAGACAAUAGCGAAACGCCAAGGAAACCCUCCCCGGGCGACUCAGACAGAAAAGACGACAGUGAUAAGAAACGACCUCCUAAAACAGAUGAAGCGAACCCAUGGCGACGAGGGGAAGACAAAGACAGCCGGGAAGAAGAGCGCGGCACCCCCCGGCGAGCCCCUGCAGCUGACAGGGAAAAAUCUGCUUGGCGCACAGAAAAGAAAGAGGAAAAGGACACCCCUCGCCGCAUCAAACCUGAAACAGAUGAGGACGGGUGGACAACAGUGCGGCGUUAGGCAGACAGCCGUAUUCUGAUUGGCCAGGCUUGGCAUUAUGUGGGUUAGCAUUCUUCUUCCAGUCAAAUAUCCCCAACAUUCUGUGUGCUCUAAUGUGACCCUCUGCAUCUCUCUCUGCUCCUGUACCCAAUUCCGCCACUUGGUAUUUGGCAUAAAUCCUUUGUUCUCUAGAGGAAGCAGCAGUCAGCGCUCAGAUCUGCCCCCUUUAUUCCCGUUAUUCACCAACAGCAUCAAACAUUAAAUACCCCCCCUGAGUGCUCUCCGUACCUGCACACCUGGCACAUACCCCUGGCACCAAUGAACUGCCCCUUUAAAACCACAUUGUAGGGGUUUUUUUUCUGGUACAUUCUGUUCAAUAAAGUUAUUCUGAGCACUGCAGGUUUUUUCCUUCACACACGUUCACGGUUUCAAAGUGUGAUUGGAUGACAGUGUUAAGUUAUUUCAUUAGUUAGAAGUGUUCAUGACUAAACCAGGACCAAGAAACAAGUUGCCUAUAUAUUGGCCUCUGUCCCUUUUAAAUUGUGGCCUAGACUAAAUCAUAUAAUCCUAUUGGUUAAUGGCGGAGCCUGCAGCCCUCCCAUCCCCAAUCACUGAAAUCCAAAUCAGUGUUUUUGGGCGCUGCUACACAAUAGAAUAUUUGGGGGGGUCCAUAUGGAUCUCUUUGAGGGCCCCACAGGCUUCCACUUGGACAGCCCUGCGCUGUACCAACCACCCAGGUUGGGUCCCAUUCUGUCCCAGUAGCCUAACCUUAUGGCCAGCAGGGCGGCGCAGCCUCUGCCACUUGUACAGAGAAACAGUGGAUUGUUAGGGUCACGCUGUUUCAUCCAAUGAAACGAAAGCUUAUUUUUCAGGCCAAUGAACUUACUCAUACCUCAGUUGUAAAAUGUAACCAGGUUAAAGGCUAAAGGUGAGGUCACAUGAUCCUGAAGGCGACCCCCCCCCUUCUCUCUCUGUAUCGCUGCCCACAACGCAAAGCCUGCUCUACUUCAUUGGUUUGUAAUAAAGCUAAGUGACCCUUGUACUUACCCCAGAUGGAAAACUACAACUCCCAUCAUCCAAAGGCUAGGUGCUGGGAUGUUGAAGCUGCAGGGGCUGCAUGUUGGCUCCAUAUUACACCUGUAUGAGUCGCGUGCUACAGUGCAGUGUCGGGGCUGACAUUUUGCUACGACUGUCGCCCAACUAUCACUUUUUUUUUUUCUUUCUUUUUUAGUCUCUAUGGAAAUGUCCUAUUUAAAUAAAGCGAGUGUAGUAGGAGGAAUUUUUACCCUUUCUAUAUCUUUUUCUCAUAAAAAGCUGCAUUACUCUGUCAGGGUUAAGGAACAUCCGGUUGUGCUGUACGGCAACGCAUUUCGGCCAACACAGGACUUGUUGCUGCUUAUUGUAUGGAAAAUAAAGUACUUAUACGAA